AUGGUGGCAGCUUUGGGGCCGAUUCUGGAUCGGUGUGAUGUGCCGCGGAUCGCAGCCAGUGGUCUGGCCUGGACGACUUUUGCGAAAUACAGAGGUUCGCAGGGUGUUCUCCUGACUGGCUUGUUUCAGGACAGCGAGCUAUCGGCUUGGGGUGAGGCGGAUGUGCUGAGACGUCAUGGCAAUGAAAGCUUCUAUGCUGACAAUACCAGGGGCAACUACAACUUCCCGAAACUUGCAGAAUAUGUGACUGCACGUCGUCCCGAGCGAAUGAUUUUUGUGUCGGACACGCUGCGGGGUGCCUUUGGGAGAGCCUGGCGCAUGGCAACCCACGGCCCACGCAGGAAACUUUUCAUGGAUUUUGCAGAACGGCCCAUCUUUUCUGUAGGAGUGGCAGGUGGGGCCGUGCCGACUCACGACCGCCAUCCCGAGACAUGGCAUGCUUUGCUCAAUGGUGUCAAGGCCUGGUGGCUGGGCAGGAAAUCAGAGUCGGCUCUGUUCCGUGGAUGGGAAGACCCGUGCGGCAUGAUCGAGCAGAGCCUUCAAGGUGAAGUUUUGCCAUCUGGUGUCCAGCUGUGUGUGCAACAUGCGGGUGAGGUCUUGUAUUUCGGCACUGGGGUAGAGCAUUCAACGUGUACCCUGAGCAACUUCAGCUUAGCAGUCGGCUCCCAGGGUCACACCGAGACUUGGCCAGAGCUGGUCAGGGCUGCCAAUCGCGGAGACCUUGCAAGAGUAAAGCAGCUGCUGCGCCUGGCGCGCGCCGAAGAGCUGCAAGAUCUGCUGUCGAAAAGUGCGGGCAGCUACGGCCACACUGCAUUACAUCGUGCUGCCCUCCAUGGCUUCGAACGUGUUGUGGCCGUGCUACUGGAGAAAGGUGCCGAGGGCACUCAGCAGGACCUCGAAGGCUUGACUCCAUCUUUUCUAUCAGCUUUUAGCGGGCACAAGGAAGUGCUGCAGACUCUUCUCAAGCAUGGGAUCCAGCUCUCCCGCGAAAUAGAUACAAAGGGCGCCACACCUUUGCAGUGGGCUGCGACUCAAGGGCACCACGCCGUCGUCGAUUUGCUGCUAACGCACAAGAUGUCACCCGAGACACGGGAUUUCCACGGCGGUGGGCCGGUGUCCGCAUCGGCAACCAUGGGACACGUGGAAGUGCUGCAUCGGCUUGUUGAAGAGAAGGCGAACGUAGAAGAGUCUGAUGACAGGGGUAUGCGGCCGUUGCACUGGGCAGCUUUGCACGGUCAUGGGCUCGUUGUGAAGCACCUGCUGCGGCUUCGUGCUCGGAAUGACCCUUUCAACUCAGACGGGCGGAGGCCUUUGGAUCUCGCCCUGGCACAUUCCCGCCAUGAAGUUGUGCAAGCCAUGCAGACAGGACGUCGCAAGGAGCUAUACAAGACUCAGAAGUUAGCACAACGCGAGCUCUGA